AAGCACCGUUACACAGCGCGCUUGCUAAAAAUGUCAUAUUUAAAGGCCGCCAUCAAGGAAAAUGCUCUGGUGCUGACCACACCAAAGCGAAAUGAGCUGCUCAAGGAAGGACCUCCAUCUGAAUCUAGGCGGCAGAUUUUGGGACGUGGAGCCUUUGGCACAGUGUUUAAGGCAGUCUAUCGAGAACGCCCUGUUGCCGUCAAAAUUAUGCGGAAUCAAAAUCAGAGUCUGCACAAUGAAACACACGUAAUGCACUUGAAGCACAAUAACAUCGUAAGUCUUAUCAAAGUAGAAUCUACAUCUGAAUUUGCGUUGAUUAUUAUGGAGCGUCCAAUAGGACAGUGUCUGCAACGGGUGCUGGACACCCUCACACUUCCCCUGGCGCACAGGAUAUUCAUAACCCUAGACAUUUUAGCCGCACUGCGCUAUUGCCACCAUCAGAAUUUGCUGCACCUUGAUGUCAAGCCAUCAAAUAUCUUGGUUGCUCUGGGAAUAAAUACGAACGAUAUUGAGCAGUGGUGCGAAAACUACAAACGCCGCUACACAUGCAAGCUUUGCGACUUUGGAUCAUCUAUCAGGCUGGGCAAGACAUGUGCACGUCAGUGCAGUGCGAAGGGCACAUUGCGAUACAUGUCGCCAGAAGCUUUGCGUUCUGCACCUUUAACGUGCGCCUCGGACAUCUAUUCCCUGGGCAUCACCAUGUGGCAGUUGCAAUCUCGUCGAUUGCCUUACCACACAUUACAGUGCAACGAAUCCAUCGCCUAUCAGGUGGUCAAGCAUGAUCUUCGACCAGAUGAUCAGGCACAACUUGAAGCAUUAAAGCUGGGCUCCGUCUUUAUAAAUGCCAGUCCUCAUACCAGUUGCUAUUGUGCGGGACGUGCGAUAGAUUGGGAUUCCAACACUAUGGUUAUACUGCGUAAUUACAUAAAUGAUAGUGAGUCCGACGACGUUCCAGUCCACAAUCUGUAUAAAAAGGUGGACGUGUUGGCGCGUCGUAAUCUAAGCUUUGAAUCGAAAAAUGACCGUGCUUCCAAGCCGGCACUAGCACCAGGUUCAAAUGCUGGCUGCCGUAAGCAGCGCAGGUUAACGCGUUUCUUUGAUAACCCAAUGUCGACGGGUUCCGUGCGCUUUGAAAACGAGUAUAUAGAGCUGUAUAAAAGCUGCUGGACCAGCGAGCCGGAUUUGCGCCUGAAUUCAUUGGAAUUGCAGACUCGCCUGAAACAUAUUUUAGCCAAAUGCGUUGCAACUGACUUGAAUAGUGAGCCAAUAUGAGUAGUAUUUUACUUUAAAAUGUUCUUUGUAAUGUUUAAAUGUUAAUGCCUCGUGUAGCUUUUCCAUGUAUAGUUUUAUAUUUUUAAGAUAUCGGAUUGAAACCUUGUAGGUGUGGAUCCGAUAGAUAGAAGAGAGAUAGAGAAACUUUGUAUAUAAAUAACUUAAAAGUCUAUUUUUUAACUUCCAAAUAAGAUUUUUCGGUUGAAAUAAUUGCAUUUUAUACAAAGUUAGAAAAAUGUGGUUUUUAAUUAUAUUCGUUUAAUAAUUUAUUUUUUUCUUCGU